GUUUUCCUUCCUUCCCCGUGGCCGUUUUCUUCGAGGACAACCAAGAUGUCCGGCACUCUGCAUCAGUGGGACUAUCUCUUCGCCAUUGGCCUCAUCUUUUCCGCUCUCGAUGCGUUCAUGAUCGGAGCGAACGAUGUCGCCAACAGCUUCGCGACGUCGGUCUCCUCAAAGUCCCUCACCCUCCGCCAGGCCUGCCUGGCUGCCGCUGUCAUGGAGUUCCUUGGCGCGGUACUUGUGGGCGCUCGUGUGACGAGUACGAUUAAGGAUGGUAUUAUCCCGUCUGAAGCGUUCCAAGGCAACGCUGGAGUGCAGCUACUUGGGUUCACUUGUGCCAUCGUCGCUUCCGCAUCAUGGUUGUCACUCGCAACCCGCCUAUCCUGGCCUGUCUCUACCACCUACUCCAUUGUUUCCGCCGUUAUCGGUGUCGGUAUCGCUACUGCUGGCUGGGACGCGCCAAAGUGGGGCUGGAACAAGGGUAAAGGUAUUGCUGCUAUUUUCUCAGGUCUUGUGAUUGCCCCUGCCCUCGCCGGUGGCUUCGGUAUCGUCCUCUUCUGCUUCGUCAAGUUCGCUGUUCUCUUGCGAUCAAACCCAACGAGAUGGGGUCUCAUCACCGCACCCCUUAUCUUCUUCCUUGUCGGAGCCGUAUUGACGAUGGCCAUCAUCUUCAAGGGUUCCCCCAGCUUGGGUCUCAAGGACUUGGAACCAGGUCCUCUGGCCGCCGCUAUUGUCGGAACUGCAGCUGUCGUCGCUCUCCUCUCCAUCCUGUUCUGGCUUCCUUACGUCCACGCGAAAGUUGUGAAGAAAGAUCACACUCUUCGCUGGUAUCACUUCUUCCUUGGUCCUCUCCUCUGGAAGCGACCACCCCCUCCUGACGCCGGUGCCAUCUCUGCCGUCCCCGACUAUCGCAUUCGUGAGACCAACGAGCUCGAUGCUAGUGGAAACCCUGUUGUCGGCAGCGAGACUGAUUCUGAAAAGGUCAACGAGAAAUCGAAAGACCAAGAAGAUUCUGAGCCUGUCCCCGAACCAAAGGUCUACCCCAGUGCUCUUGCUGAGGCCGUUGAGAAGCACCCCAUCGAAGGUGCAUGGGCUGAACCAAGGAACCUCGGCAUCGUUCUGCGCUAUCGCAUCUUCCCCUGGAUCAAGACCGUUCUCACCCACGGAACCUCCGUCGAUAUCCACGCCCUUCAAGCCGCCAAACAAGAUGCCACGACCGCCAAGCACAUCGCCGACGUCCACUCCCGCGCACGCCAAUUCCCCAACGACACCGAGCACCUCUACUCCUUCAUGCAAGUUUUCACCGCUUGCGUUGCCUCCUUCGCCCACGGUGCCAAUGACGUCUCUAACGCCAUUGGUCCCUUCUCCGUCAUCUACCACACAUGGAAGACUGGCGAGACAGCCGACAAGACUCCCGUUCCUGUUUGGGCUCUCGCCUUCGGAGGUGCUAUGCUUGUUUUGGGUCUCGCUCUCUACGGAUACAACAUCAUGCGCAUCCUCGGAAACCGAAUCACCCUGCACUCACCCUCGCGUGGAUUCUCGAUGGAACUCGCGGCCUCCAUCACUGUCAUCCUCGCUUCUCAGUUCGGUAUUCCCGUAUCCACCACCAUGUGUAUCACUGGUGCAACCAUUGGCGUUGCACUUUGCAACGGAGACAUCUGGGCGACCAACUGGCGUGCCAUUGGGUGGAUUUAUGUGGGAUGGAUCGCCACUGUCCCCAUCGUCGCUACGCUUAGUGGUUGCUUAAUGGGUAUCCUUCUCAACGCCCCUCACUUCUGA